CUCUGGUUCAACUAGUUCAAGAAGAGAAAAAAGAUAGAAAGGAAGCAUUUGUGUAGAGCAUUCGGCUUCAGUUUGUGUAUUGUUAGUAAAUAGAGUAAGGUUGUUACACAGUAAAGUGGGAGCUAUAUCUCGAAAUCAUACAUUUCGUAAACGAGAAUGAGUAAUAUUUUUGGUAUCGAAGAUGAUCAAUACGAUGAGGAAGACGCGGAUGAAAUCUCGUCGAAACUUUGGCAAGAAGCCUGUUGGAUCCUCAUCAACGCGUACUUCGACGAGAAGGGACUUGUACGGCAGCAGCUGGACAGCUUCGAUGAAUUCAUCGAAAUGUCCGUUCAGCGUAUCGUCGAGGACUCGCCGCAGAUCGAACUGCAGGCGGAGGCGCAGCACACCACGGGCGAGAUAGAGAAGCCCGUGAAACAUCUGUUGAAAUUCGAGCAGAUCUACUUGUCGAAGCCGACCCACUGGGAGAAAGACGGCGCGCCGUCUCCCAUGAUGCCCAAUGAGGCCAGAUUGAGAAAUUUAACGUACUCCGCGCCGUUGUACGUGGACAUCACCAAGACGAUUAAGAAGGACGACGAGGAGCCCGUUGAGACGCAACAUCAGAAAACGUUUAUCGGCAAAAUCCCGAUUAUGUUGAGGUCCAAGUAUUGUCUGCUCGCCGGCCUGUCCGAUCGCGACUUGACGGAGCUGAACGAAUGCCCGCUGGACCCCGGCGGAUAUUUCAUUAUCAACGGCUCGGAGAAGGUCCUUAUAGCGCAGGAGAAAAUGGCGACCAACACCGUCUACGUGUUCAGCAUGAAGGACGGCAAGUAUGCCUACAAGGCGGAAAUCCGGUCCUGCUUGGAGCACAGCUCGCGUCCGACCUCGACUCUGUGGAUCAACAUGAUGGCCAAGAGCGGCGCCAGUAUCAAGAAGUCCGCCAUAGGUCAACGCAUCAUCGCUAUUAUUCCUUACAUCAAGCAGGAGAUUCCCAUAAUGGUGGUCUUCCGAGCGCUUGGAUUUGUGGCCGAUCGCGACAUCCUCGAGCACAUUAUUUACGAUUUCGACGAUCCCGAGAUGAUGGAAAUGGUGAAGCCGUCCCUGGACGAGGCUUUCGUCAUACAGGAGCAGAAUGUCGCUUUGAACUUUAUCGGCACCAGAGGCGCCAAGCCCGGCGUCACCAAGGAGAAGCGAAUCAAAUACGCCCGAGAGAUCCUGCAGAAGGAGAUGCUGCCGCACGUUGGGAUAAGCGACUUCUGCGAAACUAAGAAGGCCUACUUCCUCGGCUACAUGGUCCACAGAUUGCUGUCGGCGUCUCUGGGACGCAGGGAACUGGACGACCGCGAUCAUUAUGGUAACAAGAGAUUGGACCUGGCCGGGCCUCUGCUGGCGUUUCUGUUCCGCGGUCUGUUCAAGAACCUGAUGAAGGAGGUGCGCUUGUACGCGCAGAAAUUCAUAGAUCGCGGGAAGGACUUCAAUCUCGAGCUGGCCAUCAAGACGAAAAUUAUCACGGACGGCCUGAGGUAUUCGCUCGCCACGGGCAACUGGGGCGACCAGAAGAAGGCGCAUCAGGCGAGGGCGGGUGUGUCGCAGGUGCUGAACAGAUUGACCUUCGCGUCGACGCUGUCGCAUUUGAGGCGGGUGAACUCGCCGAUCGGGAGAGACGGUAAACUCGCGAAACCGCGUCAACUGCACAACACGCUGUGGGGCAUGCUUUGCCCCGCGGAGACCCCCGAGGGCGCUGCCGUGGGGCUGGUGAAAAAUCUGGCCCUGAUGGCGUACAUAAGCGUCGGGUCGCAGCCCUCGCCUAUCCUGGAAUUCUUGGAGGAGUGGUCCAUGGAGAACCUCGAGGAGAUAGCGCCGAGCGCGAUCGCCGACGCCACGAAGAUAUUCGUCAACGGAUGCUGGGUCGGCAUCCACCGGGAUCCGGAUCAGCUGAUGGCCACUUUGCGCAAACUGAGACGGCAAAUGGACAUCAUCGUGUCGGAGGUGUCGAUGGUCCGCGACAUCAGGGAUCGCGAGAUAAGGAUAUACACGGACGCCGGCAGGAUCAGCAGACCUCUGCUCAUAGUGGAAGGUCAAAAUUUGUUGCUGAAGAAGAGACAUAUUAACAUGUUGAAAGAGAGAGAUUACAACAAUGACGGAUGGCAAGAAUUAGUGGGUAGCGGAGUAGUGGAAUACAUAGACACCCUGGAGGAAGAGACCGUAAUGAUAGCCAUGUCACCCGAUGACCUCAGACAGGACAAGGAAUAUGCGUAUUGUACGACGUAUACGCACUGCGAGAUUCAUCCGGCGAUGAUUUUGGGCGUGUGCGCUUCUAUCAUACCGUUCCCCGAUCACAAUCAGAGUCCUAGGAACACCUAUCAGAGCGCCAUGGGUAAACAAGCUAUGGGCGUGUACAUUACGAACUUUCACGUGCGCAUGGAUACUUUGGCCCACGUGCUGUACUAUCCUCACAAACCGUUGGUCACGACAAGAUCCAUGGAGUACCUCAGGUUCCGCGAGUUACCGGCCGGCAUUAACAGCAUCGUCGCGAUCCUGUGUUACACGGGAUACAAUCAGGAGGACAGCGUCAUCCUGAAUGCGAGCGCCGUCGAGCGGGGCUUCUUCAGAUCGGUAUUUUAUCGUUCUUACAAGGAGGCCGAGUCGAAGAAGAUCGGCGAUCAGGAGGAGCAGUUCGAGAAACCGUCGCGCCUGACUUGCCAGGGAAUGCGUAACGCUAUAUACGACAAGUUGGACGACGACGGAAUUAUCGCGCCUGGAAUUCGAGUGUCGGGCGACGACGUGAUCAUAGGAAAGACGAUCACUUUGCCGGAAACGGACGAUGAGCUGGAUAGUACAACGAAGCGUUUUACGAAACGCGACGCGUCGACUUUCUUGCGAAACAGCGAGACCGGUAUAGUCGAUCAGGUGAUGUUGACGCUGAACAGCGAGGGAUACAAAUUCUGCAAGAUCCGCGUGCGCAGCGUACGCAUUCCGCAGAUCGGCGACAAAUUUGCGUCGCGUCACGGGCAAAAGGGUACAUGCGGGAUUCAGUACAGGCAGGAGGACAUGCCGUUCUCAUGCGAGGGUCUUACCCCCGACAUUAUUAUCAAUCCUCACGCUAUCCCCUCUCGUAUGACUAUCGGUCACUUGAUAGAAUGCAUCCAGGGGAAGGUUUCUGCCAAUAAAGGUGAGAUCGGUGACGCUACGCCGUUUAACGAUGCCGUGAAUGUGCAAAAGAUUUCCACGCUCUUGCAAGAAUACGGUUAUCAGUUGCGUGGAAACGAGGUGAUGUACAACGGACAUACGGGCCGUAAAAUCAACGCGCAAGUCUUUUUGGGCCCGACGUAUUAUCAACGUUUGAAGCAUAUGGUAGACGAUAAGAUCCACAGUAGAGCGAGAGGACCUGUGCAGAUUUUAGUUAGACAGCCUAUGGAGGGUCGAGCGAGGGACGGUGGACUUCGUUUCGGAGAGAUGGAGCGGGAUUGUCAAAUCUCUCACGGCGCAGCGCAAUUUCUACGAGAACGUCUGUUCGAAGUGUCGGAUCCAUAUAGAAUUCACAUAUGCAACUUCUGCGGCUUAAUUGCUAUCGCAAAUUUGCGCAACAACACUUUCGAGUGCAAAGGAUGCAAGAACAAGACGCAAAUCUCGCAAGUUAGAUUGCCGUACGCGGCGAAGUUACUUUUCCAAGAGCUAAUGGCAAUGAAUAUCGCACCUAGACUUAUGAUACACUGAAGGAGCUCCAGUCCUCUGUAAAUAAUUUAUUUUUAUUAUGUAAAAAUAUCACCGACUUAUUGUAUAUAUACAGUUUGCAUACAAUAUUGUCGUACAAUGAAACAUGAAAGACAGAUUGAAAAACAACUUUUAAGUUUCAUAACAUGAUAUCAACAGGUAUUUAUUAUUACUGAAAUGGUAGUGAACUUUAUACAUAGAUUAACCUUCAGAUUUAAUGUUUGUGAUAAUAAAAUUGAUUCACUCUGCCAAUUA